CCCAUCUCAUUUCUUUAGAAAAGCUUCUGGGGAAGGCAAGAUUUUAAAAUAACAGGAAAAGGAUGGGUCUUUGUGGAGCAUAGUUAGGUCAUGAGUGAAUAGGUUGGAAGUGGGGCUACAUCUGAAAAGAGGAAAGCAAUUCCUAUGGGGACUAUUCAUGGCACCAAGAGUUUCCCCAGCAACCAGUGGUUGCCUUCCCGUCCCAUCUCCUGCCCUAUUGACAUAAGGCUGCUUCAUGGCUAAUUGACUGGGCGGCGUGGCUGUAGACAAGAGCCACUGAGGCAUGAGGAGAAGCCAGAAUGACUCAUGUUGAGAGAGGCCAGGGGGUUUGGCAAAUAUGGACGGCACCCCCCCACCCCCAGCUCCUAACCGAGCUCCCUCUGCCUUCCGGCUUUGAUCCUCUCCCAAGGUCUCCUUUCUGCCUAGAUGAGAGUUCAACCAUCUUUCUUCCUAGUCCCCAGCUUUCCCCACAAACACUCUGCAGCCCACCUAGAAGCCAGUGAAUCGGGCCAUAGUCCACUCUCCUGUUAGGCUGGAAGCACUGGGCCCUGAGGUUCCAAGACCUCUCCCUUGGCUGCUUCUCCCCUCCCCCCAGCUGAUGCCCCAUUAGCUGCUCGCUCAGGCUGCAGGGUCACCUCUAGUUUAUAGCCCUGACCACCCCUCCCUCUGCUCUUGCCUCUUGGCUCUCUGCCCAACUUCAACCCCUGAGGGUUUAUCCUCAAGGCUCAGAGGCAUCUCGCAACUUCGAGAAGGUGAGUGCCUUCUUUCUGCUCCCCUUCUAAACUCAGCAUUCCCCAAUGGGAGCUCCAGGGCCCUUGUGCCCCAGCCUCUACCACCCUUUUCCCUCACCCUCACUGUCCCCUGUUAUUCCUCAGGACAUCUCCAGAGGUCAUUCUUCUCUCUUCUCCCCACCUGGUUUCUCCUUACCUGGGCCCCAAGUUUUUCUUGGUUGCCUUUCACUAUUUCCCAGGCAUACCUACAUGACCCACUUACAACUCUGCCUUUGUUUCCAGAGUUGCUCUCCUCCACUUUCCCAGCUGUCCUCUGGGCAACACAAUCGCCUCCCAGUACCUGCUUUCCCAAUGGCCCAGACCAGAAGCUAAGGCCCAGAGAGUGUCACACAAGAAGGGCUAGUGGAGGAGAAGCCCCCAGAAUGCUGUGCUCCUGCUUCUCGGCACCAUGGACAUCCCGUGGGAGCUGUCCUUUGCCCUCUAUGCCCUUGCCUUUACACUGGGCCUUCCCCUCAAUGUCAUCCUCCUCAGUGAGGCUGUGUCCCAUGCACGGCUCCGCCUUACCCCAAGCCUCGUCUACACCCUCCAUCUGGCCUGUUCUGACCUGCUGCUGACCGCCUCCCUACCCCUGAAGGCAGCCGAGGCCCUGGCAGGGGGAGCCUGGCCCCUCCCAGCCUCACUUUGCCCAGCCUUUGCCUUGAUACACUUUGUCCCACUUUAUGCUGGGGGUAUUCUUCUGGCUGCCCUCAGUGUUGGCCGCUACCUUGGAGCGGCCUUCCCGUUGGGAUACCAAGCUAUACGGAGGCCCUGUUAUUCCUGGGGUGUUUGUGUGGGGAUCUGGGGGCUGGUCAUUUUCCACUUGGGGCUGGUGUUUGGACUGGAAAGUCAGGAAGCCCAGGAGAAGAACGGCACAACGUCCCUGGGAAUGACCGUUCCAGUCAACGGCUCCCCUGUCUGUCUGGAAGCCUGGGACCCAACAUGGGCCGGCCCUGCACGUCUCAGCAUUUCGCUUCUGCUCUUUUUCCUUCCUUUGUCUGUCACUACCUUUUGCUGUGUGGGCUGCCUGCGGGCCUUGGCCCGCUCUGGCCUGAGCCGGAGUCGGAAGCUCCGAGCUGCCCGGGUGGCCGGGGGCGCACUGCUCACUCUGCUGCUCUGCCUGGGGCCUUACAAUACUUCCCACGUGGCCUGCUUUGUGAAACCAGAGGCUGGCAACCAUUGGAGGAAGCUCGGGCUGAUCAUGGGAUCCUGGAGCUCUGUGCUCAACCCACUGGUGUCCGGGUACUUGGGGAACAAGGCCAGCCGGAGGCAUGGUACCGUAGGGACUCACGGUGGGACAUCCCAGAAAUAGCAGCCUCUGGGCAGCAGGGGUAUGGGACCAGAGGGUCGUGGGCAUCUCCUCAAGGCCAGAGGGGGCUCCCAGGUCCUGAGGCGCCGGGCCAGCAGGGACCACAGCUCAGCCUCAAGGGGACUCACCCGCUGGCCAUUCUCUGCCCGCCUCACGGGGGAUUGAGCUUCAGUCUCCUUUCAAAUCACGAAGAUCCCAUGGAGGAGGCAGAACCUGACAAACGGGAGCAGAGCCUGGCAUGGAAAGAGGUAACCUCGGGGGAGCUGGGUGGCACAGUGGAUAGAGCACUGGCCCCCUGGAGUCAGGAGGA